AGUGUCAAUCUUUUCACAAUGGCCGCUUAUAUUUUUGUUUACAUCUUGAAUAAAGACUCAAUAUUUUGUGAUAAAACCUUUUCACUGGUAUUAAACUAAAAAAUGAUGCAUCAGACCUGAGGCACUGCAUAUCGGUAUUUUCAUCAUUUGAAGGGGCAUAAUUUUUCUCCAAAUUUAAAAAGUUUCCUUUUUUUAUAUAAAGAUUCACAAAACUUCAGCUCAAGUUUUUUUUUUUUUUUGUAGGUCUUAUCCAGUGCAGAAAUUACUCAAGUCAAGUAAAUGAAGAGAUAAAUCUUGCAGAGGAGAAGACAAUAACAUCAUUAGUGUUGUUAGCAAAGGAAAUAAAAUCUUCUGCUGGGAAGCGUGGUGCUUCCAUAAAGCUAAAGAGGGCUAUAGAAGCUGAAGCUAAAUUAGAGGAAAAGAACCCAAAGAAGAAGAAAUCUCAUGAAAUGGGCUUCCAGAAAAUAACUGCCAAAGAACUUAAAAUAAAGGAAAUGAUGGCUUUUGCAGGAAUUGACUCUAUAUUCCCUACAUCUCAUGUGCAAUCUCCUGCAAAGGAAAAACAGAGUGCUAGUGCAACUCCACAGAAAAGGACCUCAGCUUAUCAACCAAAGAGACUUGAAACAGCAACAAAAUCAGUGACGCCAGUAAAGGAAAAACAGAGUGCAACUCCACAGAAAAGGACCCCAGCUUAUCAAUCAAAGAGACUUGAAACAGCAACAAAAUCAGUGACGCCAGUAAAGGAAAAACAUAGUGCGACUCCACGGAAAAGGACCCCAGCUUAUCAACCAAAGAGACCUGGGACAGCAACAAAAUCUGUGACGCCAGCAAAGGAAAAACAGAGUGCAACUCCACAGAAAAGGACCCCAGCUUACCAACCAAAGAGACUUGAAACAGCAACAAAAUCAGUGACGCCAGUAAAGGAAAAACAGAGUGCAACGCCACAGAAAAGGACCCCAGCUUAUCAACCAAAGAGACUUGAAACAGCAACAAAAUCAGUGACGCCAGUAAAGGAAAAACAGAGUGCGACUCCACAGAAAAGGAACCCAGCUUAUCAACCAAAGAGACUUGAAACAGCAACAAAAUCAGUGACGCCAGUAAAGGAAAAACAUAGUGCGACUCCACGGAAAAGGACCCCAGCUUAUCAACCAAAGAGACCCGGGACAGCAACAAAAUCUGUGACGCCAGCAAAGGAAAAACAGAGUGCAACUCCACAGAAAAGGACCCCAGCUUAUCAACCAAAGAGACUUGAAACAGCAACAAAAUCAGUGACGCCAGUAAAGGAAAAACAGAGUGCGACUCCACGGAAAAGAACCCCAGCUUAUCAACCAAAGAGACCCGGGACAGCAACAAAAUCUGUGACGCCAGUAAAGGAAAAACGGAGUGCAACUCCACAGAAAAGGACCCCAGCUUAUCAACCAAGGAGACUCGAAACAGCAACAAAAUCUGCGACACCAGUAAAGGCACAAGAAGAUCCAACAGUGAAUGACAUUUCCUCCCUAAUUGGCGAGAGCCUUGGUGUUCUUCAUGAAAAUGAGGAAGAACUUUUGCCAGAAUUUGAUCAGUCAUAUACAGCAUACCAGCCAUCACAACAAAACUAUCAAGGUGAAUAUGGUUUCAAUGCAACAGCAGCAGAUGGGUUUCCAUUUCAUUCUUUAAUGGAAUAUUACCAGGGACUGCCUUUUGAGGUAAAAACACAGAUCCUUUCAUUCUGUCAUGUUUUGAUAAGUUCAUUACAUGAAUGUACUUAUGGAGGGUGUGGACCAGAAUAUAACAGUAUGGGUAGCACAUCUUUUGGUAUAAUGCAGCAGGGUCCUGAAAAAGCCAUUGCCACUAUGCAGAAAACAUGUACAGCAGAGCAGAGAAAGCUCCCAUUGAUCAAAGAUGGUGAAGACCUUUAUAAUGAUGUGGUUGUAAAUCCAUCAUCCCUUCGUGCUGCUGAAAUGAAGGCACUGACAUCCAAAAAUCCUUCAGUUUAUCUCCUGAACAAAGUUCUGGAGAUGGUUUUCACCGGGACUGAGCUCCAACAGACAAAAGGAGCAAAAGGCCUAGACGGUCAUAAAAUGGAUGCAGUUAAAGAGUACAUGUAUGCCAGGUGCCAGAAUUUGAACAUCGACCAUCUGCCACCGAAAUCAUUUACAUCAACCGUUCAAAACAAAAUAGGAAAUGCACGACAAAAAGCCAACUCCACCAAAGUUGAGCUAGCUCUACACAAAACUGACUGAUAAGUAUAUAUUAUUACAACAGUAACUUGAUCCGAAGAAUUGGAUCAUGUCGAGUUGACAGGCACGGAUCAUAAUUGCAUGAGUCAUUCUUUAUAUGUAGGAGUGACUACCUCAUACUCAGUUAUCUAAAACAAUUGGAGUGAAUUAACUGUUACACUGAAUUUAUAGGACUAGACAUGAAAUCUGCAUAAUGGACUUUUCCUUGUUGUACCGACAUUUCUUAAAUGUUAACUGUAGCACAUUCGUGCUUGUUGCUCCAAUGGAAGCAGCCAUUUCGGGCAUAGUAAGAUCCGGAUUGGACCAGAAACGAUUUUUGUUCCGGAAUUUAAAAAAAAAAAUCGAAGUCGGGGGUUUUGAGUCCAGGUUGGUCGGACAACAGGAAACAGACAUUAACUUUGAAGAAACAGGCUUUAGAGGAAUACAACAAGAAAAUGUAAAAAUGUGAAAGAAAAUUGUAUGACAUAAUACAUUUCGAUGUAUGCUUUCAUCAUUUUGUUGAUGGCAGUGAUCAAACACUGUUGAAUGUUCAAGUCCAGUUUUAUAUUUUCUUAAACAAUGUUGUAGAAUAAGCAGCAAAAGCAUGUGCAUUUAACUGAUCAUGUACCAUUUGCUUUUCAACUUUCUCUGUGUUUUUGCUUCAUUCUAUUUUGUACAAUUCAUGAAUUUGCACAGAAUAUGAGUUUACACACAAGUGGAAAUUUGUUUUAUUGAUAUAUAUAUAUAUAUAUUUCAAAUGCCAAGUACAAAAUAAUUUGACUUGUAGUGGGUUGUGAAAAGAAAAGGUUGAUUCUAGUUUUAUUUAUCAUUAUAUCUGUAUUUCUACAUUGUCAACAAAAUUUCAUUAAGCAGUUUUCCUGUUAAUAAUAAACAAUUGAAAAAAAAAAAAUGAUAUUUCAAUGGGUUUUUAAUGUAUAUAUAAUAUGAGCUAUUAUUUUUCCAUUGAUUUUACAGUUAACUUUGAUGUCAUUUAACUGGCUCAAGCUCAUUUACAUAUUUCGCUUAUUUCAAUGGAGUUUCACUGCAUUUUCAAUGAAAACUGGAAAAUCAAUGCUUUUUCCAGGUUGGAAUUGUAUUGCUAGUUUUAUUUGAAUUUGUGAAACUGGUAUAACACUGUUCUUUCAAUGGUCAGAAUAAAACUACAAAAGUAAUGGAAAUUCAAUGCCAUUCUUUUUUCUAAGGGAUGUAAGUAGGAAUAUUUAAUACUGUUAGGAGUGUUGAGGUGUUGACACGGUAUACCGUCCAUAUUGUUUGUUUACUGCAUCUAUCUUGACUCCUUUCCUGGUUGUUUGUUCAUUACAGGUAUUUGUACAUGUAAUGGUAUAUACAAUGUACAUACGAAAUUUGCUUUUGCUUGUGUAUGACUGUUGCGUGUAUUAAUGUACAAUUUGCGAUAAUUUCAUGAAAUAUAUACAUGUAUACUCGGUACUUGUUCAAAAAUAUAUUACAUUGAAUGUAUCCAGAACUGUAAAAUAUGCUGUAUCACGAUUCCGGUUUAUUUAAUAUUUUAUUAAUUGAUGAAAUAUACAUGUACAUGUAUUUUAUUACUUGAUUAUGAAAUAAGUAAAUUCCCAGGGAAAAAUCCGAAACAUUCCGAGUAAAUAGAUCAUUUUGCGUUCAGCGUGCGCUCAGCGUUCGUUCAUCGUUCACUUUGCACUCUGUGUUUGCUCACCGUUCACCAAAUUGCGUUCACCAUUCGCUCUGCAUUCGUUCACCGUUCAAGUGGGAAAGAAGAACGUAUCAUGGACUGUAACACCAUCACCAAACAGCAAAGAAACACUAGCAAAUAGCAAACAAACUACAGAAAGCAAACAAAACAUAUCCAUACCUGUCAUAUAUUACAAUAAAAUGUCAAUAGAAAUAAUUAUAUCCAUACCUAAACGUAACAUACAUUGUACAUCAAUAUAAAAGAAGUACUGUCAGGGUUUGACAUUUACUUUUUUGAGCUCUAGACCAGUCGGGCUACUUCAGAUGAUUUUUACUAGAUCUGACCUUACAUCCACUAGCCCUGACCAACUUUACAGAAAAAACCUAAUAGUUUCUCCAUAUUUAAAUACUUAAUUCAAAUGACAAACAUUAAAUUAAGUUUGAACAAAAAUGUAUUUAAUUAUCUCAAAAAAUCUUUAGUCUCGUCAUUCAAUUUGAUACUUUUAUUUUCAAACACAUUUUCUGUUUCUUUAAAUUCUACCUGGCAUGGACAUUCUUUAGUCCAUUUAAAAUAAAAUGACCUCAACCGUUUCUUUUAAAAUUUCGAUUUCAUAAGCCCUGCUUUGUUUUUUCCCAACCUUUUCCUUUUUUUUUUUUUAUCUUGGGACAUCUUUCCUUGAGGACAAGAGGUCGUAUUUGAAUAUAGACAUUCCUGCACAUGUCACCACCGAAAAAUGGCGGUUUAAAGGGCUCGAAAUUAACAUGUGCGCGUCAGUCGGUGACUGGUUAAAAGUCUGGCGGACUGACUGACAUUUGUUUUAGUCAGUCCAAUGGAACUGGUUAAUUUUUUAAAGCAUCAUUUUGGACAUACUUAUGGAAUCUUAAACAUGCAUUUGGUAUUUCUCUGUAGAUAUUAGACGAACCUAAUAAGUUAAUUAUAUCAAUCUCACAUAAGUAUUACAAUAUUGUCUGAGGAAAA